AUGCAGUUGAAGCUUUUGCUGCCAUUGACGCUUUGUGCGCUCAUUGCAGCUCCCCUAACAUUGGCCGAUGGCCAAGGCUCCGGCUCCAUCUCCGGGUCCAACUACCGUUUGGGUCUGCGCAAUUCGGUGGCACGUGGCAGCGAGCAUGUCUAUCCCGAGGGACGCUUCACCUCGUCCAUAAUGAACAAGCUGAAUAAUCUCAAGGGCACCACCACCACCACCACAUUGGAGCCGAUAUAUACCCCUUUGACUCCCACCACACCGACAAUUACAGGCACCGGCACAUUUACUCUUACCCCUACCACUGAUACUGACACUCUUACGCCCACUACAGACGCCACGGAUACGGGUACGGAUACUACUGCUGGACGUAGUCUUAAUGAUGUUGAUGCUGACUCGUUGGAGGAUGACGAGGAGGAAACUCUUUAUCAUGCACGCUCUCAUAUGGUUGAUGACGAUGAUGAUGAUGAUGAGUACGAUGUCUCCAAUAACAUGGAUGAGGAUGAUGACGAAGAGAAUGAAUAUGCUGUUGCGCAGCCCGCUGCAGUGCAUCAGUCAUCGUCGUCCGUCGCUAUGUCUGAGCCCGUGCGUCGUCCCACCGAGCAGCAGUGGCGUCAGUUCCAGCUGGAGCAGCGCAAUCGUCGUCGCGUGAAUCGUAUUCAGCGCGAGCAUAAUCAGCGCAUACGCGAGCUGCUGCGCCGUCAGCGUCAGAUGCAGCGUCGCAAUAACCAGCGCCUGCAGCGCGUGCAGAAGAUAAAUCGCCGUCGCCAGAAUCAGCGCACGCGUCGCAUCAGGAACAAAUCAAAGAGCCAGCGUCAGCGUCGCCGUCGUAACAAUGUUGAACGUCGUCGUCGCCAGCAGCAGCAGCAGCAGCGUCGCCGCACGCGCAUGAAUCAGCGUCGUCAUCUGCGCCGGCUGCUGCGUCGUCGCGGACGCACCAAGCCACACAGCGCCAAGGAUCAGGAAGAGCUGCCUGCUGAGGGACGCAUUAGUCCUACCAAGCUGGCCGCGCUGACCGGCCUGCUGGGCAACAAAUAUGGCGGCGGUAGCAACAACGGCGGUGAAGCCGAUACUACGACCGUUAUAUCUGCAACACCAACCACCACUACUGGCACCGUUGAAUCUGAAUUUUUAACCACACCUACCACUAGCAUUGAUCUGGACACACCACCAGAGAAUGAGGACGCUAGGGCCGAGGGACAAUACGACAUGGAGUCCAUGUCCGGUCAGGCUAUGCGCAGCUCACAGCGCGAGGCUGCCCUCCGUCGCCAGAUUGCCCAGCUGAAGCGUCAGCAGCAGAUGCAACGCCGUCGCCAGCAGCAACGCCGCCGCAACAUGGCACGCAAGCAACAGCAGCGUCGCCGUCAGCGCCAGCAGCAGCAGCGCCGUCGUGCCAUUCGUCGUCGCAAUCAGCGCCUGAUGAACCGUCAGCGCACCAACCGCAACAGACGCAACAGGACUCGUCGCGUUGUCCGCGCCUAA